AUGGCGACUACCUCUUGGCUCUGCUUGCUUCUUGCCAUUUUAGCAAUAGCUUGUCUAGCAGAGGAUGAUCAUUUGUCGAUGCGGUACGGGGAUGUCGCCUUGCGCUAUCUAUUCCUUAACGACCUGCCGAUUGAACCAUCAAUACACUCACUAAAAGCAAUGAUACUCAUCAUCUAUAGUCGCGUGCACGAUGGAGAGAAUGUCUUGCGCUAUCUGGACCUAGCUCAUCAUAUGGCAAAUUCUAUCGAACUUUUCAUCCGUACGAGUGAUCCGAUAGUAUGCGAGGAAUAUAGCCAUCUUCUGAUUGGCCUGAAAGCGCUUUACAUCCUCAAUACUCAAAUUCACGACUCUAACCACCACCGGGAUCUCACGCGAUAUAGAUCCAGAUUAUCACCAAGGGCCGAGGUGUCAUCUCUGACGCAAAUGACUUUCACAAUCCUAAACUUUGAUCUUUUGAUUAUAUCAGACGCAAUUUGUCUGGAAAUAGAACAGGAUCUGGUUCCGGAACAGAAACUUGCUGGAUUUGAAACUAAGCUAAAGUACAUGUGGCAACAGUGCAACAAACUUUAUGCUGAGGUUAACGGCUCUGAUUUGAAGUUGGAAUCUCAUCGAGUCGGCCAUCAUUUACUUCGAUACCAUAUCUGCUAUCUCAUGCAUCUUCUCUUCUUACCUCAUCUACAGCGAUGCUUAGAGGGUGACAUCAGGCCUAGAACAAGAUCAUUUUCAUUCAAGUGCACUAUAUUUGGCAUGAAGACUUUACAAAUGUUCAUUUCUUUGGCUAUGAACAAAAAUUGUCAACAGUAUGCUAGGUAUAUCCGAUGUCUCGGAAGCUACUAUGCCUUCAGGUCAGCUGAUACUGUUCGAGGAGCUUAUAAAAAGCUUCAGAGUAGAGAGAAGCAGCAAGAGGCCAGGUUCCUACUAAACCGCACCUACAAAAUAUUCUCUGAGACUCCAAACCGCACUCCUUUCUUCUCUGCUCCACCUACCGACGUCUCUGCUGUGGCCGAAUCUCCAUCCUCUACAAAUCAGCGCAGUUCCCACUUAGAGGAAGUCUCAUCGAGCUUGCAGACGAAAAGAUAUAUACUGGCUCAACAACAGCUUCGAAAAGACCACACUCCGGCUGCUGAUGCAGGAGAGCGUCGCUCAACACGACUAAGCGUUAUAAAACCCCCAGAAAAGCAGGGUUCGGAUCAUCCAUACUCAUACUGGGUCUAUCAGGCUUUGAGCUCUAGCUUUCAAAAGGGAAUGCCAAUUCAGGAAAUCUAUACCUGGCUUGAAAAGCGUGUGUAUCAUACAAGGGGCGACAAGGGAUGGAAAAAUAGUAUCCGCCAUAACCUGUCCAUGAACUCUGGCUUCAAAAUCAUCCGAAUGGAGAAAGCCGGCAAAAGGACCGUCGGCUGUUGGGGCCUUACAGAAGAGGCAAUCAAAAAUGGCAAAGUUCAGCCAACCACCCGCUAUCGAAAUGUCACCUAG